CAAGCUCUGUCUGACACAUUUCUCCUCCGGACGCCGAGCCAAGCCUCACCGGAGACCACAGGCCCUCAGCAACACACUCAGGCCCCAGCAGCGCACAGCCGGGAGCAGGUGUCUCCGUCUGGCUCUCUCUUCCGUCACUCCCGUCAAAGCCUUGGUCUCGCCUACCCUCUGCCGACACCUGGCAUUGUGGAGGUGGAAGAGCCAGCCGCCAGCUCCGAUUCCAGGACCCUGUUGCACCUGGAAGGCUGCUCGAGGCCGGGACACCCAGAGCGGGCGUCGCCUGCCUGGAGGCAGCCAUGCGGUGUCCUGCUCGCUGAGCCGGGGCCCUCAGCGGGCAAGGCGAUGACAACGGCGGAGGACCCGGGUCCGGCCCAGCCCGGUGGGACGAAUGAGCUGAGGGUGAUGCUGGACUCAGUGGCACACAGCUCCUUCCUGCCCAACACAUCCUUCUGCGACCCGCUCAUGUCGUGGACCGAUCUGUUCAGCAACGAAGAGUAUUACCCCGCCUUUGACCAUCAGACAGCCUGCGACUCCUAUUGGACCUCGGUGCACCCCGAGUACUGGACCAAGCGCCACGUGUGGGAAUGGCUGCAGUUCUGCUGCGAUCAGUACAAGCUGGACGCCAACUGCAUCUCCUUCUGCCACUUCAACAUCAGCGGGCUGCAGCUGUGCAGCAUGACGCAGGAGGAGUUCGUGGAGGCGGCCGGCGUCUGCGGGGAGUACCUGUACUUCAUCCUGCAGAACAUCCGCACCCAAGGUUACUCCUUUUUCAAUGACACUGAAGAGACCAAGGCCACCAUCAAAGAUUAUGCUGACUCCAACUGCUUGAAAACCAGUGGCAUCAAAAGUCAAGACUGUCACAGUCAUAGUCGAACAAGCCUCCAAAGUUCUCACCUGUGGGAAUUUGUGCGCGACCUGCUUCUAUCUCCUGAAGAAAACUGUGGCAUUCUGGAGUGGGAAGACAGGGACCAAGGGAUUUUUCGUGUGGUUAAAUCGGAAGCCCUGGCAAAGAUGUGGGGACAGAGGAAGAAAAACGACAGGAUGACGUAUGAGAAGCUGAGCAGAGCGCUGAGGUACUACUACAAAACGGGCAUUUUGGAGCGGGUCGACCGAAGGUUAGUGUACAAAUUUGGAAAAAACGCACACGGGUGGCAGGAAGACAAGCUAUGACCAGCUCCAGGCACCAGGCUCCUCUGAAGGAUUUGUCUUUUAAAACAAUCACAUUGCAACAGACAUUUGAAAGUCUCUUUUUUUAAAAACCUGCAAACAUCCUGAUAAAACUUCUCUACAGCUCAGCUUAUAUUUGGGUUCUGAGUUGUUGUCCACUUGGGUAAUGGCAGCAGUCCUUAUGAAAUCGGUUUCGUCCCACCCCAAGGGGAGGUGGGGAUGAUCUUUAGUGGUCCCUUGAUCAAACAUUAUCCCCCUAAUCAAGAGUUCCAGAACCACAAUAGCCAAUGCCAUUGAUGCCACUCAGAGACACCCAGCCAACCCUGCCACUGGAGGCACAUUCAAGACCCCCAUUCCAAAGACUGAAAAGCUUCCAGUUAGUUUACUGUGGCACUUCACAAAAGGGGAAAGUGACUAGUGUGUGGUCAUUAGGUACUUACUUUAAAUCACAACAGUCAAACUGCAUGGAAAGGUUUCUGAAUUAGUGACAGGGCUAAGCCAUCAAGCUGCACAUAAUUGGAUUUUGCUUAGGUUAAGAACAGUUUCUUACCCAGACCAUCAUUUUGACCACCCAGCAAAGCUCCCAUGGCGAUCCUUCCAGAAUCAUACAUCUAAAGUUAGCCAUGUGAAGUUCAGCUAAGUUUGUGUCCCCUUUUCUCCCAUAUCUGAUGGCUGGCAUCAGAUACGCAGCAUUAGUCAACAGAUACUUGUAUCAAUCUCCAAAUCACUGCUGUUUCCAUGAUUCAAGCUGUCAAUACGAUAAAAUCCUGACUCAUUGAUUCUGUCUGUGGUCAAGACAUUAAAUCUUUAUUACAACUGAAAAUGUCCCAAAAACUGUCAUGGCCAAUUCUCUUGUGAGUCUCUUUUCUUUUGUCUUCCUACCUGAUGUGUACUCCAGCUCUAAAACAUAUAUUUUCUUAACAAAAAUAGUGACGGUGAAUUUACAACAAUAAAUGUUCACGGGUUAAAGUCUGCACUGACAUUUUCUCAUCAGUCACUAGCGUGUAAGUCAUUACCAACCUACCACUAGGUGGCCGCCCCUAGGACUUCUACCAGAGCUGGAAUUGACAGGUGACAAGGCACUGAACCACACACAGGCUGAAGACCUCUGUGCCUAGCAUUCAACUUCAAAACUAACUCAUUUUAAAGAAUGUGAAUUACUGUAAAAUAAUCCAUUUUUGGAUUCAUGUGUUUUCCAGAUGGAUAGUUUGUAAACAAUGUGAAUAAAAUAUUUAACACAUUGAGCUGU